CCAGGAGCAGCAGGAAGGGAGGAGCGGCCGCCGCUGCUUGUGUGUUUGAGCCGAUCCGCUCCCGGGACCACAGGGAGGAGAGGCCGCGGGGAGCGCGGACCAGACGCCCUCGCCCUGGAGAGGGUGGCGGGAGGAGCAGGCGGGAGCCCUUGCGGCUCUGCCGGAGGCUGGCGAUGGAGGAAGGGGCAGCAGACCUGCGACAAAGAAAGAAGCAAAAUUGCACAGAAACUGACAAAAUGGCUCCAGAUGAGAGAAACAAAGAAAACCCAAACCUGGGAAGAUCGCCAAAAUAUGUCUUAUUUCAACGUUUUGCAAAGCUUUUCUUUGGCUGUGUCGCAGCUGUCACUAGCGGGAUGAUGUAUGCUGUGUACCUCUCAACAUACCAUGAACGGAAAUUCUGGUUUUCCAGCAGGCAGGAACUUGAACGAGAGAUUACAUUUCAGGGUGACAGUGCCAUUUAUUACUCAUUUUAUAAAGAACUGCUAAAGGCUCCUUCCUUUGAAAGAGGUGUUUAUGAGCUGACGCACAACAAUAAAACUGUAUCGCUGAGGACUAUAAAUGCAGUGCAGCAAAUGACAUUGUAUCCAGAGUUGAUUGCCAGUGUUUUAUAUCAAGCAUCUGGUAGCGAAGAGGUUAUUGAGCCAGUGUAUUUCUACAUUGGUAUAGUUUUUGGACUGCAGGGAAUUUAUAUGGCUGCAUUAUUUGUAACCAGUUGGGUUAUGAGUGGGACUUGGUUGGCAGGAAUGCUGACCGUAGCAUGGUUCAUUAUUAACAGGACAGAUACAACAAGAAUCGACUACUCCAUUCCUUUAAGGGAAAAUUGGGCAUUGCCAUAUUUUGCAUGUCAAGUUGCAGCUCUUACGGGCUAUUUAAAAAACAACAUAAAUUCUUCUGCUGAGAGGUUUUGCUACCUUUUGGUGAGUGCUUCAACAUAUACUUUCAUGAUGAUGUGGGAGUACAGUCAUUAUCUGCUGUUUGUCCAGGCUGUGUCUCUCUUACUGCUGGACAGCUUUGCCCUUGUGCAGACAGAUAAGGUGCAUGAAGUGUACAAAAUCUAUCUGUUCUCCCUGUUCCUGGGAUAUCUCUUACAGUUUGAAAAUCCAGCUUUAUUAGUAUCUCCAUUACUAAGCCUUGUAGCAGCUUUAAUGCUCUCUAAAUGCCUUCAGAUGAAUAUGAAAAAGGGCACAUUUAUUUCAAGGAUGCUAAAAAUAAUGUACUUUUACUUGGUAUUUACGAUAUCAGUGACAAUGAAUUUCUUACUGAAGACAUUUGUUCCCCAUAAAGAAAAUGAGCAUGUGUUGAAGUUCCUUGAAGUAAAAUUUGGAUUAAACACAACUAAAAACUUUACAGUGAACUGGCUUCUUUGUCAAGAAUCCCUUCAGACACCAUCUCAAGACUUUUUUUUGCGGCUAACUCAGUCAUCUCUAUUGCCUUUUUAUAUUUUAGUAUUAAUUAUCUGCCUUUCUUCUGUAACUCAAGUCAUUUUUAGGAGAAUUAGUGGUGAACCACUCAAAGAAAAAAUUACACUUGACGAUGGCCGAAUUGGAGAGAGGCCAGAGAUAGCUUAUCAUGUAAUCCACACAAUGUUAAUGGGUUCUCUUGCAAUGAUGUUGGAAGACAUAAAGUACCUGUGGACUCCCUAUAUGUGUAUGCUUGCAGCAUUUGGUGUAUGCUCCCCUGAGCUUUGGAUAACGCUUUUCAAAUGGCUUCGACUGAGAGCUGUACACCCAAUAUUGCUGGCUCUCAUUCUGAGUAUGGCAGUUCCAAGUAUAAUAGGUUUCAGCUUGUGGAAAGAGUAUUUUCCUAGGAUAAUGACAGAGCUUUCAGAACUGCAAGAAUUUUAUGACUCAGAUACAGUAGAACUCAUGAUGUGGAUAAAAAGACAGGCUCCUGUUGCUGCUGUGUUUGCUGGAAGUCCACAGCUAAUGGGUUUGAUUAAGCUGUGUACUGGAUGGAUGGUGACAAGUCUACCUUCAUAUAAUGAUGUUGAUCUUCUACAAAGAAAUGAAAAUAUUUAUCAGAUCUAUUCAAAAAGGUCUGCUGAGGAUAUUUAUAAGAUACUCACAUCCUACAAAGCCACCUACCUAAUUAUAGAGGAUUCAAUUUGCAAUGAGGUUGGACCUGUGAAAGGAUGUAGGGUUAAAGACUUACUGGAUAUUGCUAAUGGCCAUGUGGUUUGUGACGAAGGGGACAGUUAUGCCUAUUCUAAAUAUGGACGAUUUUGUCAUGAGAUCAAAAUGAACUAUUCUCCAUAUGUGAAUUAUUUUACUCGGGUAUACUGGAACAGAUCCUACUUUGUGUAUAAAAUCAACACUGUGAUAUCCUUCCAAUCUUGAAAAAUCAUGGAGACUUCUUUUUGAAGAUUGACCAUGUAUGGAAUUAAUAGAAGUUUCUAUUUUAAAAGUGGCUUUUUUGCAGAUCGAAGUGGGAGCGUGCAGAAUGCUCAUUCUGUUAGUUUACCAAACUGGAACUCUGUGGACUACAGCUCAACAAGCCAGAGUACCAUCCUGUAAGGAAAUGUGUCAAUUUUUACAGUCUCUACAAAGUGUGAUCGUCUUCCGUAAUUCUUACAUUUGUCUUUCCAGUUUUUCCCAUUUUGAAUCAUCCUAAUUUUCAUGGAAAUAAAAUGUCUAACUUAAAUAUUACAAGAAAUAAUUAAAUAACUUCUAGAUGGACCUACUUUGGAAAAUACAGAAAACAUUUGGGCGUGAUUUAAAUUCAAGUUGUUAUACAGCUUUCAUUUUCUAGCAUUUGAAACCAUCAAAAUGUCCCAAAAAAGAGACCAUGCAAAUAGUUUGAUUUUCUGUUAAUAGGACUGUCUUUAACUCUGUGCAUUACUAUUACACACACAUUCAAUCAUUUUCUGGGUGUAGGUAUAGCAUUUUUGUAUGAGCCAAAUCCUGAAGAUUUUACUUAGGCAGAACACCCAUAAAUUUUAAUUCAAUGCACGGACAAAGGGGUCCACCUACAUGGACAAGUUGGCAGGAUCAGGAUUUUAAUUUGGACUGAGCAGGUCUUUGGAGUUUGGCCACAUUAGAUAAUAUAUACUUAUUCAUUUUAAUAGAUAUUAUGUAGUUAGUCUUGGUAAAAUAUUGCCACAAAUUUUAUUUAAACCCCCCACACACAGUGAAGUCAUGGUAAAACAGUUGAUAACUAUUUUUUAAAUAUAUGCAUAUAAUGAAUUAAGAGUAUACUGUCAUGGUAUUUUUUCAAAAUUUUAGAAAAUAUUUUGCCUCCUAACUUUACUCCUUUCCCACACCAUGCUAGUCAGUUUUCUUAAUGAAUUCUCUAUUUAUGCAAUUUAUUUUGUUGCUACUUGCUGUGCUUCUGCUAUAAUGGAUGUUUGUUUGCGUCUAUUUUUGGCCUGAUCUUGGAGUCCUGAAACAAAACACCGCAAAAGAAAUGGACAUCGUGCCUGAGGACUGCAAAAUCAUGC